CGGGCCCGCGUUCUGGGUGGCGUCCUCGUCCGGCGUGGGCCGGGGCUGGCAGGCUGCGGGGCUCGGCCGCCGGGAGGGUCGGGCUGUAGAGGCUCCGCGCCCUGCCGUGGGCGCCCCCGUCUACCUCUGGCGGAGGCCCCGCCCGGUCACGCCGACCUCUCCGGUGCAGCCACCGCGCUGAGAUCUGGAGCCACGGCCUCCCUGCUUCUCCGUAACCACCAGCAACCAGCUUGCCCGGCUCCGGUCCAGGGGUUCCCCUGACCUCCGGGCGAGCGUCCCUCUAUGACAUGGUACAUUACGGCCACUCCAACCAGCUGCGCCAGGCACGGGCCAUGGGCGACUACCUCAUCGUAGGCGUGCACACUGAUGAGGAGAUCGCCAAGCACAAGGGGCCCCCGGUGUUCACUCAGGAGGAGAGAUACAAGAUGGUGCAGGCCAUCAAAUGGGUGGACGAGGUGGUGCCAGCGGCUCCCUACGUCACUACGCUAGAGACCCUGGACAAAUACAACUGUGACUUCUGUGUUCAUGGCAAUGACAUCACCCUGACUGUAGAUGGCCGGGACACCUAUGAGGAAGUGAAGCAGGCUGGGAGGUACAGAGAAUGCAAGCGCACGCAAGGGGUGUCCACCACAGACCUCGUGGGCCGCAUGCUGCUGGUAACCAAAGCCCAUCACAGCAGCCAGGAGAUGUCCUCUGAGUACCGGGAGUAUGCAGACAGUUUUGGCAAGCCCCCUCACCCGAUACCCGCCGGGGACAUACUUUCCUCAGAAGGCUGCUCCCAGUGCCCUGGUGGGCGGAACCCGUGGACCGGGGUAUCCCAGUUCCUGCAGACAUCUCAGAAGAUCAUCCAGUUUGCUUCUGGGAAGGAGCCCCAGCCAGGGGAGACAGUCAUCUAUGUGGCUGGUGCCUUCGACCUGUUCCACAUCGGGCACGUGGACUUCCUGGAGAAGGUGCAUAGGCUGGCGGAGAGGCCCUACAUCAUCGCGGGCUUACACUUUGACCAGGAGGUCAAUCACUACAAGGGGAAGAACUACCCCAUCAUGAAUCUGCAUGAGCGGACCCUGAGCGUGCUGGCCUGCCGGUACGUGUCAGAAGUGGUGAUUGGGGCCCCGUACGCGGUCACAGCAGAGCUCCUGAGUCACUUCAAGGUGGACCUGGUGUGUCACGGCAAGACAGAAAUCAUCCCUGACAGGGAUGGCUCCGACCCAUACCAGGAGCCCAAGAGAAGGGGCAUCUUCCGUCAGAUUGACAGUGGCAGCAACCUCACCACAGACCUCAUCGUCCAGCGGAUCAUCACCAACAGGUUGGAGUAUGAGGCGCGAAACCAGAAGAAGGAAGCCAAGGAGCUGGCCUUCCUGGAGGCCGCCAGGCGGCAGGCGGCACAACCCCUGGGGGAGCGCGAUGGCGACUUCUGACCUGGCGGAGACCCUGGCCGGCCCUCCCCCUGCUCUGCUUCUGCGCCUUCUGCGUUUGGACAUAGGACUCUGCAGGGCCGCCCUCUCUAACUGGCCUGGCUCUGGAAGGGCUGGUGAGGACUCUGCCUCCUGCCUGCCUUCAAGGUGCCUGGUUUGCAGCAGGCUCUCCGCCCUUUCCAGCAAAGCUGCUCAGAGAGGGUGUCCAGCACAGUGGAGAGGCCAGCAGCGAGACGGGCAGAUGGCACCUGCGGCCUGAAAUGCACCGCUCCUGCGUGCGCCCCCACCUGGUCCCCGGAUGCCCCCACCACCUGGACAGAGGCCACACUGACUGCCCACCCAGCUGUGGCGGGAGGUGCAGAGCAGAGGGCUUUAGGGAGCAGUGACUGUGGUCACCCCUUUAGUUCUCUGGGUGUAGACCACACCACGUCCUACUUGGCACACCCCAACAGUGUCCUGCCACCCGGCGCCUGGCUCCAGGAAAACACGCUUGCCUUCCUUCCCGGCAGCUUUGCCGCUCUCCUUAUGGACUCUGUUCUGUUUGUACAUGGCUGAUGUAAAUCUCUUUGGUACAACCGAAUAAAGCCUGGUGGCAGUGCUGUGCGGGGCUCCCAGCCCUGCUGGGAAGGACCAGGGAACCACCUAGCAAGGAGAGCCUCUUGGCCCUGCUGCCACCAUGCACCCAGCA